AUGGUCUUGACGUAUAUUCAUAUUAUAUUAAUUGUAUGUCCCUUGAUCAUUAUAUUAAGAAUUGUAUUUUUAAUAUUAAUGAAAGAUAAGAAAACAAGUGCUAAGAAGAAAUUGAGAGUAACACCGGCUAAAACUAUGAUAAUAUUAGGAUCGGGAGGACAUACAGCAGAAAUGUUGCGAAUUGUUAAAUUAAUGGAUUAUAAAAUGUAUACACCUAGAAUAUAUGUUUCUGCUUCUACUGACAAUAUUAGUAUUGAUAAAGUAAAAGUUAUAGAAGAAAAUCAAAAUGAUUAUAAAAUAAUAAGAAUCACUAGAAGCAGAGAAGUUGGACAAUCGUAUAUUUCUUCUGUAUGGACAACACUUAUGGCAACGUUAGAAGCAACAUCUAUUUUAUGGUCGGAAAAACCAGAAUUACUUUUAUGCAAUGGUCCAGGAACAUGUGUUCCUUUAUGUAUUGUAACAUUUGUAUUUAAAAUAUUCUACACUCUUAACAUAACUACCGUAUUUAUAGAAAGUUAUUGUCGAGUUAAAACAUUUUCAUUGAGUGCAAUUAUUUUGUAUUAUUUUGUAGAUCAUAUAAUCGUAAGAUGGCCAUUUGUAAAUAAAUCAUUGUAUGACAAAGUUUUUACUUGUCAUAAUUAA